AGAAUUUUAUGAGAGUGGAAUUUUGACGUGACUUCAUUCCGUUCGAGGAAAAUUCCUGCUUGACAUAAAUAAUUCACCUUAUUUUUCGGACGAAACAAACGAGAUGACAAGGUUUAUGGAUAUCUUUGUUAAUACCACCGAGAUGAAUCUGAGUGAGAAGAUCAUACAGCAUGACCGAUAAAAACAAACCUGCAGAUAAGGAACUGAUGGAUUGUUACCUCAAGCAUCUUGAAGCAAACGACAAACAACUGAGAGAAAGGGUCCGCACCAAGGCUGUCAGGGUGCAGAUGGAAGUUUUCUACGACACAGAGACAAGCAACACCUCACUGGCUGAAGCUGAAGUUGUGGGUGAAGCUGACGUUGAACACAAUGAUGAACCUGGGGCUGAAGGUGUAAUCGAAGUUGAGGCUGAAGCUGAGCCGGAAGCUGAGGCAGAGGCAGUUGGAGUUGAGGAUGAAGUUGAGGCUGAAGCUGAGGCCCAAGCUGUUUUCAAAGUAAGCACCAGCAACAAAAAGGAGAAGAAGAAAAUUACCAGGAGAGGGACACGAGGCAGAGGAAGAAAGAUUAUUUAUCAGAAGUCCAAGGUCCACAAAGCAGAAGUUGAGGCUGAAGCCGAGACUGAAUUUAAGGUGGAACAUGAAGUUGAAGGUGAGGCUGAGAUUAAAGAAAAGAAGAAAAUGAUUAGGAGAGGAACACGAGGCGGAGGAAGAAAGAUUAAUUAUAAGAAGCUCCAGGCCAGCAAAGCAGAAGAAGAUGAAGCUGAAACUGAGGUGGAAGCUAAGACUGAAGCAGCUGUUGAAGCUCAGGGAGAGCUUAAGGUUGAAGCUGAGGCCAAAGCUCUUGUUGAAGCUAAAGCUGAGGUGAAAGCUGAUGCAGAAAUUGAAGCUGAUGCUGAGGAAUGCAUCGCCAAAGAAAAGAAGAAGAUGAAAAUGAUCAGGAGAGGUAAUCAAGGCAAAGGAAGAAAGAUUAAAUCUAAGAGCUUCCAGGCCAACAAAGCAGAUGGAGUUGAGACCAUAGCUGACCCUGAAGCGGAAGCUGUGGCUGAAGUUGUAGCCGAAGUUGAGUCCGAAGCAGAGGUUGACACAGAAGCAAAGGUUGACACAGAAGCAGAGGUUGACACAGAAGCUGAGGCUGACACAGAAGCUAAGGUUGCCAACAUUGAAUUUGAGGCUGAACUGAGGCAGAAGGUGAGGCUACAGCAGCUGUUGAAGAACUUAAGGUUGAAGCUGAGAUUAAAGUGUUUUUUGUUCUUUCUUCUUUUUCUUUUUCUCUUUUUGUAUUUCUUUAAAUAAAAAUCAAUGACAUACUGUCAGAUAUCAACACAACUUAUAUCUCAAACAUACAGACAUUGUGUUUUUAUAUUUUGAACAAAUAAACUGAAAAAAUUUUUAAAAAGA